AUGCCGACCCCAACACUUGACGGCAUGGGCUGGCAAGAUAGUGGAUUCGUCCUUGUCUUGGAAAUCCGAAUAGAUGGAUUGCCAGGCGCAUUCCACACGAUACACAAUCUCACCUUCCACAACGACUGGGAAGGGUUGACUGACGACGAAGUAUACGGCGAUCCCGACGUCUUGACGCUCUUCGAGAGCGGGCCGUGA